UUCUUAUAACUAUAGAGCACACAUAUUACACAUACACUCUCCGAAUCUUAAAUUGAAGUGAAGCUCAUGUACUUCCUAUAGACUUUAACGAGUGUCACUUUCUCGACUAUGUCUCUCGGGCACUCGUCACACUUGACCGACCGCUACCCCACCACCAUCGCUCAAUAAUAGGCAACCUGGACGUUGCCGCAGGCUUGAGCCUCAGACCGCUAAAAUGUUUGAGAAGUCUCUAUAUGACCUCAUCCGUGGCCUGCGGAACCACAAGGGCGGCGAGAGGGAAUACAUACAAGAGAGCAUACGAGAAUGCAGGAAGGAAAUCAGAGGGUCCGAUAUGGACCUCAAGGCGACCGCGCUUUUAAAGCUCACGUAUCUCGAAAUGUUUGGUCACGACAUGUCAUGGGCCUCGUUCCACGUACUGGAGGUGAUAUCGUCGCAGAAGUUUGCUCAGAAAAGGGUUGGAUACCUGGCGGCAGUCCAAAGCUUCAGACAAGAUACUGAGGUUCUCAUGUUGGCGGAAAACCAAUUGAAGAAGGACCUGACAUCUCCGAGCUUGACUACGAUAUCGCUCCCUCUUAUAGCUGUCCCACAUGUGAUCAAUCCUUCCAUGGCCAACUCGCUGCUUUCAGACAUACUUCCGCGACUCACACACUCGAGCCCCCUCAUAAGGAAGAAGACGAUUGUAACGUUAUAUCGGUUGGCAUUAGUGUACCCAGAAACCUUGCGUCCCGCUUGGCCCAGGAUUAAAGAGCGCCUACAAGAUGAGAACGAAAACCCCAGCGUUACUGCUGCUGUCGUGAACGUAAUCUGCGAGCUGGGAUGGCGGCGACCUCAGGACUUCCUCCCUUUGGCCCCGCGAUUGUUCGACUUGCUAGUUCAAGGUGGAAAUAAUUGGAUGGCUAUCAAGAUCAUAAAACUUUUUGCAACUCUGACGCCCCUUGAACCACGUCUCGUGAAGAAGCUUCUACCACCCUUGACAAAUAUCAUCAAGACGACCCCUGCUAUGUCUCUCUUGUACGAAUGUAUCCACGGCAUUAUACAAGGUGGUAUCUUAGCAAGCAUAGAAGGAACCGUGGAAGGUGACGAAAUAGCGAAGCUAUGCGUUGGCAAAUUACGAAGCAUGCUGGUCAUCGAGGGCGACCCCAAUCUCAAAUACGUCUCCUUACUUGCAUUUGAGAGCAUUGUUUCAUCGCAUCCACAACUGGUCUCGUUACACCAAGAUGUGAUCCUUGAAUGUAUUGACGACCCAGAUAUAUCAAUACGAACACGAGCCCUCGACCUGGUCGUGGGUCUGGUAUCUCCCGACAACCUCGUCUCAAUAAUCGCUCGAUUGAUGCGACAGCUACGUAAUGCGCCAAUUGAGUCCGCUCUAGCCGAUCCGGAGAACGAUAGAGGAUAUCAUGGCGGUGUGGUACCCUAUGCAGACUCAGAUGACUCAGAGGCCGAAGAAUCGUUACGCCCUGCCGAGAUUCGUUCAGACCAAGCACCGCCUUUGCCAGAAGAUUACCGGAUAAACGUGAUUAGAAGAAUCAUAGAAAUGUGUGCUCGCGACACAUAUGCGAAUAUCAACGACUUCGACUGGUAUAUCGACGUUUUGGUCCAAUUGGUGCGGGUUUGUCCAUCGGUAAAGGGUACUACGGGAGCCAUGGAGUACACAGGAGGUGGCCAUAGUCUCACUUCUGACGAUAUAUCCUACGAUAUCGGUCGCGAGCUACGUAAUGUAGCUGUGAGGGUCAAAAGUGUUCGGCCAGAGGUCACCGAAGCGGCUCAAUCAUUAGUACUUGUGGAUACCAGAGACAAGAUGUUCACAGUAUCAGGCAAUGGUGGACAAGGGGUAUUAGAGGCUGCCGCCUGGAUCGUGGGAGAAUAUGCAAACCUGGCUACGAACCCUCAAGCUGUCAUGACAUCGUUGCUACACCCUUCGACCAUAAACUUACCUAAUCAAACGCUCGCCACCUUCAUUCAGGCUGUGCCCAAGGUAUUCGCACAUCUAUCAGGGAGCGAUAGCAUCUCAUGGACCCCAGAGCGUAAGACAAUUGUGUCUCUCUUGGUAGCCAGAGUGAUUCAUUUUUUGGAACCUCUAGCCAUGCACCCAGACUUGGAAGUGCAAGAACGAGCUGUUGAAUAUCUUGAGCUCAUGAGACUUUCAUCCGAAGCAGCGUCCGCACAGGAGACAGGAGACACCCAUGGAGACUUUGCUGACCCGCCAUUAUUGCUUACACAAGCUAUACCGUCUCUUUUCAUGGGUAUGGAACUAAAUCCUGUGGCUCCCGGUGCGCAGAAACGUGUCACUCCUCCCGAUCAGCUAGAUCUGGAUGCUCCUAUUAAUAAUAGUCUACAAUCUCUACUACGGCAAGCGGAGUAUGAUUCUGCUCUAGGAUCCGAUGUCGAAGACGAGGUUUCGAGAGCCUACUACGAGAAGCCAAGUACGCGACCAGAGCCUGUGGCUGCAGCAGAUCGCUUAGAGCAGCCAAAAUCAGAGUAUACAUCCUACCAGAGGAGUGCAGAAGAAGAGUAUCUUGAUCCGGACAUCGUCGCGAGAAGGAAGGCAGAACGUAGAGAACGACACAAGGACGACCCCUUUUAUAUACCUGCUGAAGGAUCCGGUACGUCAACUCCGAACGUACUGAGAACGAACAACGGAGAAGAGGUUGAUAUCGAUUCCAUUCCGAUCAUGGAUCUCGAUCUCUCACAAGCUGGUCAAAUUCGUGACAGGAGUCCAGGACCAGCGCCCCCAAAACAAAAAACGAGGCGAAACUUCGAGAUACUGACUGAUGAGAAUCUUGGUAGUGAAGACGUAUCGUCUUUGGAAUCCGCGCGUCCUGAGCUGGUCUUACCAAGGUCCUCGGCGAAGGGUAAGAAGGCAUUGCUGCAACUCGACUCCUCAGGUCUUGGUAGCCUAUCACUCGACGAGGAUGGGGAUCAUGUAAGCAAACUUGACAUCGAGCGACGGGAACAAGAGGAAGCAGAAAUGGCAAAAGCAAUCAAAGAAGUCGAACGCAUGCGGCUGGAGAUGCAGCGCGCCAACGAGAGGAUAGAGGCCAAGCAUCUACCUCCUGAAGGCACGGUCGUGAAAAGAAAGAAGAAGAAGCCGAAAGCCAAGGUUGAAGGGAAUGAUACCCCAACGGUAGAUGAAGGCGGAGAAGCCAUUGUCGUUAAGAAGAAAAAGAAGGCGAAGAAACCUGUCGAAGGGACUGACGCUUUAGUUGAGGGGGCAGCGGAUGGAGAACCAGACGCGAAGCCCAAAAAGAAGAAGAAACGGAGAUUGAUAUCUCUUGAUGAGCCCUCAGGGUCUUAGAUGAGAUCUGUACACUGCAUUGUAUAGGCUAUAGCAUAUGAACAAAGAAGCAACCCACACUUUUA